AUGUGGCACCUUCGCGGGUGGCUUCUCAUGUGCCUUCUCUCAGCUGCCCUCUUCAUCAUUGUCGACAUUCCAGCAGCGUACCAAAGGGAUGUACGCAGUCGACAUAUAUUUAUUGCCGUGAUGCUACCUGUAACGUGGGGGAUCUAUUCGGUGGUGUUGUACAUCUGCCUCUAUCGACCAAUGCGUCGCAUGACCGAAAUGUACCGCAACGAUGUUGCCUGCGACGAGAAUACAUCUGGGGGUAGCGUCUUCCUCUGGUCCAAGGAGCAACACCUGCUCAACGCCACUAUUGAGCACCUGCGGCGUGACACCGAAAAAACGGAGAAGAUGGCGGUGUAUUGGCAACCAAGAAAAAUAGGCAACGGCCAACUGGGAUGUACUCUGCUGUCUCACGGUGCAGUGUCCACUUCGAUUAGCAGCCCAGAGCCUGUUGCACCGUAUGACUCUCUGUGA